AUGACCACUGUUCAACUACUCGAAACCAUCCUCUAUGACCCCAAAGAGGGAGUGUUCCUGCUGGACUACCACUGCGACCGGAUGAUUGCAUCCGCAAAGGAACUGGCAGUCUUCUUUUCCAACAACCAGGAGGCGUUCCUGCAGGACCUGAUCCCUACGCGCUCCGAGAUCUCAAACAAGCUGGAUGCUGCUAUCAGGAACGCCGGCAAGGAUACUCGUCAACGAUUGAGAGUAUUGCUGGACUUUGAUGGUGCUAUCUCUAUCCAGUCGAGCCACUUGCGUUCAGAGACCAAGAGUUUUAAACAUUCUUCGAUCCUGGUGGUCUUGGACAAGCAGGCGACACACAGCGACAACAUGUUUUUAAAGCACAAAACCACAGAGCGAGAAGUCUACAAUGAAGCCAGGACGCGACUAGGACUAGGACCUGUGGGCGCUCCAAUGGGCGACAAUGUACCGUUCGAUGUGAUUAUGUACAACGAGCAGGACGAGGUCAUGGAGGCAACGAUCGCCAAUAUCGCCAUCGAAGUCGAGAACCCCGAGUCAGGAGCCCUGGAAUGGAUCACCCCACCAUUGUCUUCCGGAUUGUUAAAUGGAACGAUGCGCCGCAAAUUGCUGGAGGCUGGAGAGCUGAAAGAACGAGUGAUCACUGUGUCUGAACUCAAGAAGGCUGCAGCGGAGGGCCGGAGGAUAAAGUGCUUCAACUCUGUGCGAAAAGAGUAUCCCGUCACUCUCAAGUGCUGA